AUGCCGCGUGCAAAUCGCUCCAUUGAAAACUUCCCUACGACGGAUCGCCGCGAGAAUGGGCGGUGUCGAACGGAAAUGGAAAAGAAAGUUAAAAGUGAAUAUGAUUCUGUGUUGUUGGAGCAAAAUUUGCUGGGUGAUGUAUGGGGCUUUUUAAAACCUAGGAAAAAUAUCUGUCUAAAUGUAUCAUUUAUUAAUUAUCUAAUGGACGAGUGUAUUUUUGUUAGAAAAACAUUGAGGUUUCCUUUGUUUGAGCCUUCGUUCAAUUUGUUCCUGCCGGUUGACGUGGUCAAUCUAGAAGUGCAGCCAAUUAGAGGUGACUUGAUGAAGUUUGUUGCUGCUGCGUUUGCUGCUGUUGUUGUUGCAUCGUUGUUGCUCGUGCCAAGCAGAUCCAGUCGUGUCGUUGAUCUAUUGUACGGCGAUGUUGAGCGCUGUUGUGCUGUUGAUGACGCACUUAAAUUAGUUUUGCUCACCAGGGGUGGUGUUGCCGAAAUGUUGUUUGCGGUUUGCCUGUUGCCCGCAUUCAACUGA